AUGCUGCGUCUGUUCUUGUUCCACCUGCUAGGAAGUUCGCUUCUAUUGAGCCAACUUCCCAGAGAGAUCCAAGGCCUGAAAGAGGAAAUUUUUAUUAAGUGCAACCGUGAAUUAGUCCGUUUCUUCAUCAAGGUCUGUGGCAGUCACGUCUGGGCAGAGGGUAUGAGGAAGCCCCAUAACACGAGAUCUGAACCAUCUGCAGAAAUCAUCCCAUUUUCUACCACCGAAAAUGCAGAAUACUUAAAUACAAUAAUGGAAUUCACUCUUUCUUCACCACGGAAACUGAAGACAACAUUGGCUAAGAAGCAUCAGGCUGCAUCAGAGAAUACAAAUCGUAACUUCAAAGAACUUCAGGAAAAUACUAUUGGAGCAGGAGACAAAAGUCUUUCAGAAUUAAAAAACAUACGCUUAGUUAAACAUUUACUAAAAAAGAGAGACCUCUCUUCCCUAAUAUCUACCAAAUGUUGUUCUGUAGGCUGUACCAAGAGAGAAGUGGCCCAAUUCUGCUGAGAUGAAGCUAGUUGUGUAUUUCAUCUAAUGUUCGCAUGUAUUCUCAAUGGCAUAUUCACAGAUGCCUUCAUCACUCCACUGAUUAUUAGAAUAAGAAAUUAUUAUUAGUGUUUGGCUUUCUAAUUUUGUAAGAAGGUAUUCCUAGCAUUACUGCAGUUUCUGCUAAUAAAUACUUUAAUCCUAAAAA